AUGGCGAGCUCGGAGAUAUCGCACAUAGUAGCCACCCUGAUCCGGCGGAUUCAGAAGAGCACCGCCCUGGGCUACGAUGCGAUCGCCGACAGAAUGCAGCCCUCCUUCCAGGAGGAAGAUCUCGCCAUGUACGAGGAACAGGUCAAAUCCGACCGCUUCGGGAGGGUGCAGCAGUGCGCCUUCGACUCACUCGCGCUGAUUCGUGUCGCCGUCGCGCCCAUGGAGCCCACGUGGGACGAGGGAAUAUCGGAAACGGACCGCCAGGCGAUGAUGGAGAUCUAUCCCAUCAUCAAGUGCUCCCUGGACUGCAUCGCAAACCAGCUCGGCGACGCGUUGAGCAACGCCGAGCGCCACAAGGAAACCACGGAGGAGACCUCGACGAUCACGUUCGAAGGCCUCUUCCUAAUCGCAAAAACGGGCAUCGAGAUGCUCAACCCCGCAAUAUUUUACGUGGAGAAGUCGGCUCUCAGCACCAUAAUCGAGAUACUGGAAAAGGCUUCUGCAUUGCGGCCGCUGCUGAACGCAUGCACCGCGUGCCUAACGGCGUACCUCUGCCGACUGCUGGCGACGGAUGUGCCAAGUGAACUGGGAGAAGGUCUGACCGUCACGCUGGCGCAGCUGAAGCACGUGUUCGAGCGCACCCUCGCCAUGGCCAUAGCGGACGACGGUGACCAGGUGAACAACGGCACGUUAUCGGUGCUCAAGAUAACCAUGACAACGGUCAUGCGUAGAAUGAAGGAGCUGAUGAAAGACGCUGCAAACAACGGAAGCCAAAUAGCAUUUAUUUCGAAGGUGAUCGACUGCUGGUACGGGGUGUUGGUGGGGCAGAUAAUGCAGCUGCGGGUCGACAUGGUACAAUCCAGCGCGAAACCAGUGAAGCUGGGCAAACUCAUGCGUAUUAUCGCAUCAUUCCCCACACUGCCACCGGCGCACAGUCUGAGGCUGGUGCUGCAGAUAGCGCUAACGCUGCAGCAGGAUAUCUCGUGCGCCAUACAGACGGAAACGCUGACCGCCCUCACCACCCUUAUGGACGUGGACGUGAUGCAGGCUGGGGACGUUGUUAGGAACAACAUAAAGCCGCUUUCUGAGGCGCUCGUAGAGGUGCUUUUCGACAGGCGUUUUUGCGGGAACUCGCACGGUGCGACUGACACCACCGACUGUGAAAGGCAGAUCCAGCUGGUGUACUGUAUCGCGCAGUGCAUAAGAACGGCCAGGAGCGUUUCCCAUGACAAGAAUGCUAAAAUGGACGAGUUCCUGCAGAAGCAAGUCCUCACCCUACUCAACACUGACAAGCCGCAGCAGGCCGAUGGAGCCGCGCGACUUGAACGCAUGGUGAGGGAGACCCAGCACCUGCCCGAGCUGCAGCAUAACUUCCCGACCAUCGAGGAUUUCAUGGCGUCCAGAGACGAUUGCGAGCUGCUCACGCGACUCACCAGGACGUUCAACUACCUCCUCAGCUAUUCCAACCAAGCGUUGGACGAGGCUAUCGCACUUGUCAUUUGCUGGCUGUUCAACGAAUUCGAGUUCGGAAUCUGCCUCAAACUACUCACGCCGUUGUGCUUCCAUUUCCUGCGCACCAAGCGCAGCAAAAUGCUGGACGGACUGCACAACGUCAACCAGAUGCCAACCGGGAUCGCGUCAAUGGUGAAGUCCGCCACCACCCGGUGGAAGUUGGGCGGCCGGAUUUUUUCAGUUGCCAUGGAAACCUACAAGGAGGUGCAAGAAGACUCCUCCAUCGACGUGGACACCUCUAGCAUGAAAUCGCAAGCUGUGGCCAUAUUCACAGCGCUACUCGAGGCAACUGUGGACAUCGCAAAGGAAACGGCAGGCAACCUGCCCAAGGAGCUGGAGGACUGCAUCGGGAUGUUUGCGCGGAUGUUUGGCUUCGACGACUACGUACGGUUGCUACCCCUAACGCCGCUACACAGCAUCCCAAUCACGUCGGAAACGUUUAGAACGGAAUCGUACAUCUACAUGUUACCCAUAUUGCAGCGCCAGCUCAAGGGAGUGCCGCUUGAGGUCUACAUGAAGCACUUCAUGCCGAUCCUGACAAAAGUGGAAACGCUCAAGGCGAAAGCGCGGGAUUGCGCCGCCAUCAACGCGGCAAACGAAAUGGCAAUGACCUAUGUUGUGCGUUCGUACGACGCCCUGGUCGGCAUACUGUACAACAUCCUCAUCGGCAUGAUUUCUAGCGCCACGGACUGCAAGCAGACGCUCGAAAGGAAUAAUUUCGAGCUGCUGAAGCAUAUCCUGGAGCUUCUGGACAAGAGUUCGGAGGGUGCUGUGGUUGCGUGCCGGCUCAUGGCGUCAGCUGCCAAUCUCGAGGGAAUGGCGCCCCGCCUCAUCGGUAUUUUCGUCAAGCGUUUCGUCGCUUUGGAAACCACUAUCCACACGGAAUCCAGCGACGUUCAGGCCAACAUCUAUGCAAUUGAGGAUGCGCUGCUGGGCGCAAUAGCCAACUGCGGCAAGUUCUGCGAAUCGAAGAUGUUGGUUGAGAAUCUGGAGUCCUUCGAGGCGGCGCUCAGGCGCAGCAAUUGCACUUUCGACCCCCUGAUAAAAAUAUCCAGGGCGCUGCUGCCUUCGGUGGACGACCAACUCAAGCUGAAGCUGCACCUUCACUGGAUCAAGCUCUGCAAAACGAUGGCAACCAAGAACCUCUACCUGGCGCUCAAGCGCAGCUGCGAGACUCUGGCUACAGAAAUCAAAGAGUCGUUACCAAAUAAGCAGCAAGAACCUGCUACAACAACCGACUCGCCUUGCAAGGAAGUGUCUGUGUACGUGAAGGAAUCGUGCUCGGUCUAUGGUCUGCAUGCCUUGUCGGAGGCGCUCAACGUUAAGCCGGAUGCCAAACCCAAUGUGGAAACAGAGGAAUACAGCAAGCACCGUAUAUGCUGUAUAGGCGCCUUUGUGAAGCUUUUGGAAACCAUGAAGAUGCACGGGGUGUAUGACCAAGCAACCAAGAAGUUUGUUGACACCCUGAUGAGGCCCCUGAUCCUUGAAGCCAUGAUCAACGCAAUUGCGCCCAACAACAACACGCGCAGCAGUGCCCUCAUUAUAUAUGACGGGAUAUGCAACCUGAAACUGGAGGAAAUCGGGGAUAUACUGAAACUCAGCAUAUCCGCCCUGUCAUGCAAGGCGUCGAAGAUCAUGCAAAUUGUACUUGUGAGGUGCCUCACCAGGCUCAUGGCCAGGCACAGCCAGCAGGCUGUGAAGUACAACCUUGCACAGGUUCUCCAGUUCAUAUUCCGUUUGCUAACGGAGGACAACAUCAAGCUCUACGUCCAGCUGCUGAAGUUCGCACGCGUCUGCGUCGUCAAGCUCAACCUGGACCAGGUGCAGUGGAUGGCGCCCAUGUUGAUGAAGAUGUUCGAAAAUCAGAGCUGCUGCCAGAAGGCGAAGGUGUAUGUGCGCCGAGUAGUUCAGAAGCUCAUGGUCAAACUCACACGCGACCAGAUGCUGAAGAUAUUCCCGCCGACGCACCUCCCACUGCUCCGCAACAUCAUGGCAGCUCAACGGAACAAACGCCACAGCAAAUUACGCAAAGCCCUGAGACCGUCUGACGAUGAUGACGACGAUGACGAUGAGCAGUUCAUCGACAAGAUGUUCAAGACGGACGAUGAGGGACGGCUGGUGCUGAAUUUCGACGAAAACGACGAAUCCUGCCGCAUAGAAUCGGAUAUUAUGGAGGAAAAGGGACGCCGGCGUCAGAAGAAGAUGCGCCAGAAAUUGCGCAAACGGGGCGACGUGCAACCAUACACCUACAUAAAGCUGAACAAGGCAAAGACAUCGGAGAAACACAAGCGUGAGAACGUCAAGGCGUUGAAGAGCUUGGUGAAAUCGAAGGUCAAGAUGCGGCAGUGA